AGCACGCGCGCACUACCUCAACCAUGCAUGGCGACACGAUCACCACGCUUCUCCUCGUCGUCGCCUUCGUCUCCGUUACCGCGGUGGUCUCCUCCGGCGCUUCGGCUUCAUCGUCGCCUCUGCGCUUCCACUACAUCUAUCUUCGCAACUUCACCACGGCCGUCGACUCGUCGCCACCGUCGUCAUCUCCUCGCCGCGACGGCCGACCCACGCUCGCGCUGCUGCACCGCGACGCCGUCUUCGGCACAACGUACCCGUCGAAAAGCCAUGCCGUGGCCGCUCUCGCUGCAAGGGACGGAGCGCGAGCGGAGUACCUCCAGCAGCGCCUGGCGCCGUCGUUUUCGUCGACAUAUCAACCGACGAUGACAACGGAGGUGGGCUCCGAGGUGGUGUCCGGCAUCUCCGAGGGCAGCGGCGAAUACUUCGCCCGCAUCGGCGUGGGAUCGCCACCCACGGAACAGUACCUCGUCGUGGACUCCGGGAGCGACGUCAUCUGGGUGCAAUGCCUUCCCUGCACCCAGUGCUACGCUCAGGCCGACCCGCUCUUCGACCCCGCCGCGUCGGCGUCCUUCGCCGCCGUGCCAUGCGGCUCUGGCGUGUGCAGGACGCUUCCGGGCGGCUCCUCCGGCUGCGGCGCCGGCGAACCAUGCCGCUACGAGGUGUCGUACGGGGACGGAUCGUACACCGAGGGCGUGCUCGCAAUGGAAACGCUGACAUUCGGGGACAGCACACCGGUCCAGGAGGUCGCCAUCGGCUGCGGCCACCGCAACCGCGGCCUCUUCGUUGCGGCGGCCGGCCUGCUCGGCCUCGGCUGGGGUCCCAUGUCACUCGUCGGGCAGCUUGGCGGAGCGGCCGGCGGCGCCUUCAGCUACUGCCUCGCGAGCCGCGGCGCCGACGCCGGCGCCGGCUCGCUCGUCUUCGGCCGGUCCGACGCCAUGCCCGUGGGCUCCGUGUGGGUGCCCCUCCUGCGCAACGCGCAGGCGCCGAGCUUCUACUACGUCGGCCUCACGGGGCUCGGCGUUGGCGGCGAGAGGCUCCAGCUCCAGUCCAACCUCUUCGACCUCGGCGAGGACGGCGGCGGCGGCGUGGUGAUGGACACCGGCACGGCCGUGACGAGGCUGCCUCCCGACGCCUACGCCGCGCUGCGCGACGCGUUCACGGACGCCGUGGGCGGCGGCCUCCCGCGCGCGCCGGGCAUGUCGCUCUUCGACACGUGCUACGACCUGAGCGGCUACGCGAGCGUGCGCGUGCCGACGGUGGCGCUCUACUUCGGCGGCGACGAGGGCACGGCGCUCACGCUGCCGGCGAGGAACCUGCUCGUGGCCAUGGACGACCACGGCGUCUACUGCCUGGCCUUCGCCGCGUCGGCGUCGGGGCUGUCCAUCCUCGGCAACAUACAGCAGCAGGGCAUCCAGAUUACCGUCGACUCUGCCACCGGCUACGUUGGCUUCGGACCAACUACCUGCUAGCACUAUCAGUGCUGCUGUUUUACUACAAGCUAUACUUUCUUGCUUAUUGCGUAGGCGUAUAUAUAUACAGAGUAUACAAAAUUGUACCGUAUUAUAGUACAUACAUAGUAGUAGCUAAGAAUGCAGUGGGGAGAGCAUGCCACUCAUCGUUGA